AUGCGGCCUACUCGUAUACUUUGUUCGAUUAACGAUCGGCUGAGGAUGGAAGCAUCACCAAAAUUGUUGUUGCCCAUGCCGUCGCUUCUGGAACGCUUGGGCUCGGCGAUGCAAGGUGUAUGGUCGUCUGUCGUCGACGAGCAGAGUCGGGAAGCUUUUGAAGCUGCUACCGAAGACAAAGUUAUCAACAACGAUGUGCUAAUGAAUGCGAAUAAUGGAAGCGUCUUGUCGUUUGCUUUAUUCCACAAUCUACAGAACCCGCUGUGGUCCGAUUACAGUUUCGAUUCGAAACAGUUUUUGAAUGCUGUAGGACCUGCUUUGGAGAAUUUCUUUGAUACAACAGAGACGUUAAGAAACCAAACGCGAGCAAGCGAGGAAGAAAAGAAAAACCUUGACGAAAUUGAAAAGCAAUCGGAGACGGAACUGAAAGUGGAUAUUUCCGGGGACAUGACGUCUCUGAGUGAAGCACUCUUGGGAACCAACCAGUGGCGGAAACGUGCUGAAUCUGAUCCACAAUCUCUGGAGGGGCAACUGUGGAAAAUGUCUACGCCGCAGUCGUUUAGUGCCUCAUAUUAUGUCACAAAGUUUGGUCUACUGGGAAUGCUUCUGGAUCCAGAACGGAAAGUAUACGAAGAAGGGUCUUGCCGAGUCGGAGGAGUUGCAUUAUUGGAUGCUCGGGUUAUGAUUGUCGAAGAUAAAAACAAAGAAAUCGGAGAGCAUGAAGAAUUUGAAGCGAGCGAGACCUUAAAAAAAGACAUUCCGGUCGCAGCCCAGAUCGAUGUCUUAUGUGAGGUUUCAUACACGUUCUCGACCGCCAAGCACGCCAAUUCGCCCGACGACAAGGAAACGGUCACGGACCUUGCGGUUGCCGUUUUUGAAGGAUGGUUAAACGGUGGACCCGAAAAGCAGCUUCGCUGGCGAGUUGCCAUGCUGAGAUCUGCCUACGAGUUUCCAUACACUGCGCAAGCUAGUCACUAAUGAACUCAGUAAUAUGAUUUUGAUAUGUAAA